AUGAAGACUACUUUUCUCUUGCUUUCAUUUCUGGGCUUUGCCGUCCUUAGUACGGCCGCUGCUGCGGCACCAGAACCCGUCCUGGACAUAGCAGGGAAGAAGCUACGGACAGGCGUGGACUACUAUAUUCUGCCUGUUUUCCGUGGCAUGGGCGGUGGACUCACACUAGCCAGUCCUGGCAAUGAUACUUGUCCACUCGACGUUGUCCAAGAGCAACAUGAGGUUGACAAUGGCUUCCCAUUGACAUUUUCCCCGGUGAAUCCCAAGAAAGGCGUGAUCCGGGAAUCCACCGAUCUCAACAUCAAAUUCUCUGCAGCUACAAUAUGUGUUCAGUCUACUGUGUGGAAGAUUGAUUACGACAAAUCAUUAAGACAAUAUUUCGUGACAAGUGGUGGAGUUGAAGGAAAUCCUGGUCGUGAAACCACAGACAAUUGGUUUAAGAUUGAAAAAGAUGGGGAUGACUACAAGCUGGUUUUCUGUCCAACAGUGUGUAAUUACUGCAAAGUCAUAUGCAAAGACAUUGGUAUUUACAUUCAGAAUGGUGUGAGACGUCUAGCUCUAGGUGAUGCAUCAUUUAAGCUCAUGUUCAAGAAGGCUUAGAGGUUGUCUGAGCAUGAAAUACCAGAUGAAACACUGAACAUCUACGGAAUACGUUUUAUUUCGUAAGGCAGCUUGUUCUUUUCUCAUGGUAUUACAAUAAAUGUUGUAAACUU